CUUAAAUAAUGAUAUGCUUAAAAAAGAAUUAAGAAUAAAUACUAUCAGGAGCAGAGAUGUAUAAUUAAUAUCAAUAAUGGAUGCACAUAAAGAUUAAUUUUAUAAAUGCUCAUAAAGCAGAGCCAUUUAUAAUAACUAGUGUAGAUGAGAAAAACAUAAAAUUAUGAUUAGAAUUUCAUCCAAAAGAAAAGGAGAGAAGUUAUAAUUUUAGAUUCUAAAGAUCAUACUUUAAGUAUAAGGAAAUAAAUUGUAAUUUAUGAAAAUAAAAUUUUGAUAGAUAUUGGAUAUUAUCCUGUCAUUAAUAUAAUUAUUACUUUGCUUGUGGUUCAGCUACAAUUUUAUAGUUAUUCAUCUUACAUAAAGAUCUCAUAUUUCUUCUUCUAGUUAAUGAGAAAUAUUUUAUACAUGGCUGAAUAAAAUAAUAUACUGGGUUGUAUUCUAUUGAGUACUAUAAUGCAAAAUAAAUAUAAUAUGUAGAUUCAUACUUGUUUGUAUAAAAUUAAUUAUCUCUCGCUAUCUUUAUUUAAUAAUUAUAGAAAUUAAAUGAUAGUCCAAGAAUGA